GCGGCAGGAAACAGAUGUGCCUAACUACGACCUCGGUGGCGAGCAAAAAAAAAAAAAAAUCACAACGAUGGCCAUCGCAAGAUAACUUUCUUUUUUUUUUUUUUUACCCACGUGAAAAUGCAGGUCGCGUGGCCGUAGCAGAGAAAUGGACGUGACUUGAUGGGGUGCAACAGCUGCCGCGAAACGCGAGACUGAGUUGCCGGGCCUGGCGCGAGACUGAGUUGCCGGGCCUGGCGCGAGGACGGACGGAGAGGGCGGGAAACAUGGACGAGGCGGCGCUGCUGGACCUGCUGGAGUGCCCCGUGUGUCUGGAGCGGCUGGACGCCUCGGCCAAGGUGUUGCCGUGCCAGCACACGUUCUGCCGGCGCUGCCUGCAGGGCAUCGUGAGCUCGCGCGCGGAGUUGCGCUGCCCGGAGUGCCGCAGUCUGGUGGAGGUGGGCGUGGACGAGUUGCCCAGCAACAUCCUGCUGGUGCGGCUGCUGGACGGCAUCAAGCAGAGGCCGCGGCGCCCCGCGGCGGCUAACGGCACGACGGCCGUCAACAGCAGAGCGCCACGCGAGCUGGGGGCCCCUGGUGUGCCCCUACAGCGGGCACAGGUGAAGAACACGCUGGUCCGG